AUGGGAGCUACGAAUGUUCAACGCCUAGGGCUGUCCACGCCUCUGGUCAGAGACUUAGUCGGUCUACAUUUCGUCGAGAACUUUGUGUUGAGCUCAACGAUGCCGACCCCGAGCUCGCUGGGCUUUCUUUCUGGGCUCGAUACAUCUUUAGUCAAGUCCGAAUUUGGCACGACACUAGAAGCUACCCUGAGCAUUUCCGCUAAAGGCUACUCUUCGCUCGCCACGCCGGCACAAACGCUGGGCGAACGACGAGCUUUGCUCAGCGAGUACCAGAUAGCUCUGCAUGCUAUAAGGCAAUCACUGUCGUCAAGACACAAAGACUGGACGCUUGCUGUGGCUAUAUAUCUCCUUGCAUUGUUUGAGAUGAUUGUAAACACGGACUCUGCUGACGCAACUUGGCAAAGACAUUUCAAUGGUUUGCUGGCAUUUCUGGCCUCAGACCACUUUUUCCUGUCACGCCAUGCAACCUCAGUCAAUAUAUUCUCAGCGGAUACAGACAUUGUCAUUUUCAUUUUCAGGCUGCAAUCAAGGCUUUACGAGCUUACGCCAGAGUUGGAUAGCAUUUUCAGAAGUGCGAUCUCUCCAAGGAAGAUAGAUGUAUUGAAAGUGCGUAACAAAGUCAAGAUUAUUCACAAAGAUCUGUGUACUGCGCUUUGCACUUCAAAAAGGAAGACCCUCGGGUCGAUUGCGAUUCUCAACAAUUUGCGUACCGCUUCAAUCAUCUCAGCCAAAUUUCUGCUUGAAAGUGGAAAUUAUCUUGACUCCAAAAACGAAUGGUCGCUCUCGAAAGAGUCUCGUUCACUACAUAUGAUCAUUAGAGAAGCCCUGAAUGAUAUAUCAGGUACGUUCGCUAACCCUGGUGUACGGAACACUAUUUUCGGAGGUACCUCUAGUAAGACAUCAUCACGAGCAGUUGCCGAGGAACCAAGGGCUGAUAGCCAAUCAACAUCCGGCAAAGCAAUAGAAGGACUGCUAGCAAUGUGGCCACUGCACGUAGCUUCAGUAGCGCCUGGAGUCACAAAAGAACACGAACAGUUUUGCAGAGACCGUCUUCUCGCGGUCGGUGAGCUAAAAGUCCGCAUCAUAUUGAAAGAGCUCGAGAUACCGUUCGACUAUCACAUCGUCGAGUUCUCCGAGACAAAGCAAGAGCCAUACAUCAGUAUCAAUCCCAACGGCAGGCUCCCGACAAUCGAAGACCCCAACACAGGUAUGAAGAUAUGGGAGACCGGUGCAAUCAUACUUUACCUCAUCGACCACUACGACCCCGAGCGCAAGAUCUCUUUCGACAAGUCCCCAGGGAUGUAUGAGUGCUUCCAGUGGCUCAUGUUCCAAGUCAGCGGUCAAGGCCCCUACUUCGGCCAACUAGCAUGGUUCGCCAGAUUCCACAAGCCGACGAACCCCUCUGCUAUCGAGCGGUAUGCAAACGAAAUGGAGCGAAUCAUCGGCGUCCUGGACAAAUCUCUUGAUAAAAAGGAGUGGCUGGUUGGUGGCAAGUGCACGUACGCGGACCUGAGCUUUGUCACUUGGGCGCACGUGGCCAAAGGCUUGUUGAAGGAGAUCGGAAGAUCGAACGUUAUGACGAGUUUCCCGAACUACACCGCGUGGCUAGAACGCAUGGAGGCUAGGAAGCCUGUGCGAGAGUGUCUGGAUGACACUAUUGCAGCUAGAGUCGAGCAUGGGCUUCCUCCCUAG